AUGGAAUCGACCAUACAUUGGUCAUUUAUUGACUUCAAAUUAAAAUGAUUAGAAUCUUCCAUUUCUCAGUAUUUCAUUCUCGCUCGCUCGCUCUCAGAUUCUCAGCUCUAUUACUUCAAUCAGGGGUGUUCUGAGAUAACACAAGUAGAUAAUCAUGGUGAAGGCUGUCGUAGUUCUUAACAGCAGCGAGGGUGUUAGUGGCACCGUCAGCUUCACCCAGGAGGGAGAUGGCCCAACAACUGUCACCGGAAACCUUUCUGGCCUUAAGCCCGGACUCCAUGGCUUUCACGUGCAUGCCCUUGGUGACACCACCAAUGGCUGCAUGUCGACUGGUCCUCACUUCAAUCCUAAUGGCAAAGAGCAUGGUGCUCCCGAGGAUGAGGUUCGCCAUGCUGGUGAUCUUGGGAAUAUCACAGCUGGAGAAGAUGGCACCGCAUCUUUUACCAUUGUUGACAAGCAGAUCCCACUGAGUGGACCACAUUCCAUCAUUGGAAGAGCAGUUGUUGUUCAUGGUGAUCCUGAUGAUCUUGGAAAGGGUGGACAUGAAUUGAGCAAGAGCACUGGCAAUGCUGGUGGUAGAAUUGCUUGUGGUAUUAUUGGCCUUCAGGGCUGAGCAAACUUGGUUGUGCACUUUACUUAAUCAUGGCCUUGCACUGUGUUUCCUGCAUUUACUUGUUAGAAGUACCCUAUAUCAUUUCCAAUUUCCUAAUAAAAGUUUCUUGUUGAAUUGGACUACAUUUCCAUCUUUUGUGUUUUGUACUUCAAUUUAAGCAAAGAAAUUAGAGUGGCGUAUAAAAAAAUAAUCUUCACUGCA